UUUUCAAAAACAAUCUUGAAUCGGCUUUUUUCAAUAUACUGGAACACCGAAACAAAAACAACUCUCAAGAGGACAACCUCGUGCGUCGUGCUAUGCCUGCUUGCUUGUGCAUGUCUCUAUCUAUACCUUCCCUCCUCCACAUUUUCUUGAGACACAGAAGCAGAACUAAACCCAAUCUAUAGUUUAUAGAGGCUAAAUGAAAAGUGCAUACCCAGACGCAAAGGCAAAGCACUAAGCAGCCGCGGUACUCGGCUCGGCACUCGGCAGACGCAGAAGAAUUGGCCUUCUAGGCUCUCAGCUGCAGAAACACACAUUCGAUUUUAGUUCAUGUUCAAGAAGCGAACCGCGUGGAAGUGUCAGUCUUGCUGAGUCUGUCGAAAAGAUCUAUGAGUCGAACUCCAAUCGAAUUGAAUCGAAGUGUUGUUGUUGUAAAUAAAAUAUAUAAAAUAAAAACUAAAAUAAAAUAAAGAAAGUGCCACUCGCUGGGAUUGGACUGGAACUGGGACUCGCACGAUCAUCUCUUCAUUCAAUGAACUGUUAUCAUCAAACGUUUUUCUUGUCAGGAAACAAAAUUACGCGGGUGCAAAUAAUCGCAACAAAAAUAAUUCUUUUCCUUUUUAUCGGCGAUUGCGAAUGAUUGAAGAGUUCAAGACACAAAAGUACAUAAUUCUUUUUAGUGAUAAUUAUUAUCUCUCAGGCAACAGGCAACAGCUCUUCUGAAUUAGUUGUUGUUGUUGUUGUGGAAACCUACUACUAAACCGGCAGUGGCUGCGGCAGUGAAUGGAGCCGGUCUUCAAGAAAACAUAAGAAAAAACCCCGAUACCGGGAAGUUGAUGUUGAAACUGAAAAAUUUGCAAAACACAAGACAAUAAUAAAUUCGUGUUAAAUCUUUUAUUUCGUUUGGAAUGGGAAUGAAGUUGUGUGGCAGUGGCAGUGGUUGUGGCAGGAGCACGAUGACUCAGAGCAGAAGUCGGAGGACGAGCAUCCUUUUGGCAUUUACGGUCUUGAUGAUUCUUGUUGUUGGAUCCUCAUCACAAAAUGUUGAUAAAAUUGACAAUGUAACAGACAUCGAUAAAAAUGAAAAUCCGGGUAUUCAAAUGAAUUUAAUAGAUUCAGAACUUAAUGAAAAUGGAAAUGAUAUUCAAGAAGUACAUGAAGCAGAACGCACCAUAGAUAAACCAAUUCCUAAUGACAAGGCUAAUGACACUGCUCUUAGUGAGGGUUCAGAAAUCCAUCUGGGAAAGGAUGAAUCCUCACCAGAGUUUGAAACAACCCAAGAAAAAUCGAAUGAAACAAAGGUGGAGAACUUACAUGAAUCUGUGGAUGCAAUUCCGAUUGAGACCACCCCUUUACCAGUUUUGGAAGAAACAGUGACGACCUUAAUUCCAAUAAACGAAAGCACAUCCCUCAUUGACAGCACACUUUCAACUAGAGUAACUACCCCGGAAAUCGAAUCACAAACGGAAAGCUUUGGAAUUCACCAACAAGCUACUAGCCAUUCCAACCACGAUUUGAGUAUAUAUUUUGAAAAUGAGCCUAGUCGGGCUCGCCAACUGCGAGGUUCUAAUAUAGAAACUGACAACGAAGUAAUAGUGCAUAGCGUCCAUGGAUCUGAAUCCGAUAGUUCAGAAUCGGGCAUUGCUAACUCGUCUGUCUCAUCAUCAGAUUCCGAUGAAAACCAAGCUGCCGAGGAUCUAUCUAUCUCAGGGAGUUCAUUAAAUGAAAUAAUUAAUGCUGAGCCAAAAGUUGAGUCCAAUACUAACAUUGCCAUAGAUGACACAGUCAAAGCUGUGGGCGAAGAUUUAGUUGACGAGAUCGAAGCGGUCACCGAGUCAACCGGAGGGAUUACUGAUGAUGUGACAGUGGUAUCCAAUAUGGAAACACACACGAUAAUGAAGAAACCAGGUGUUGAUGAUGAAUUCGUUGAAAAAUUAUCGAUUCCAGAUAUCGGUUUAACAGAUACAGCUACUGAAUUUGACCCCGUUGUGAAUAUGGUUCUCAAUAGCCCAAAAAAAGAAUUGGAACCGUCCUCGACUUUAAUCAUAGAUGCAGGAAAUCAGACUUUGGGCAAUACGGAGUUAGACCAAAACAUAACAAAAAAGGAGGAAUUGCAAGUUAGUGAGAACAAAAUCUCUGAAAAACCUGAAGUUGUCGGGAAUGGAAAAAUUCUUGACGAAGUUAAGGAAAUCACAGAGGAUAGUAAUUUUGUGGAUCAUAAUACCAAAAUGACUCCUACCCAUCAAGAAAAUAAACUAGUAAUAAGUGACCAUAGUAUACCAGAACUGGUAAAAUCAUUCAAAUCUCAACCCGAAAAUUCUUCAACUCUUUUGAAUUUCACUUCUAGUUCUGCAAUAAACGAUAAUAAAUCCCUUCAAGCUAAUAUUUUGACAAAUGAUAUGGAAACAUCAACAGAAGCCCUGUCAGUGGAGAUAAACGAAACACCACAAGAUCUGCCGAAUAAUAUUGAAAACGGCAUUUUCAAAGAAAAGAAUACAAAUCUACUUAGCUUCACAACAGAAACAUCCUUCGCAGAUAUAGUAAUCCCUACAAACACUGAAAUGUUCGCAGAAAGAAUCAGCGACGGCCCAAUGAAUACUCCGCUGGAGAACAACCAUAUUGAAAAUAUUACAGACAAAGUUAAUCCCGCAGAUUCUCUUCAAACUAAUGAAACCUUGCCCACGAUUAUCAAUGACACAAUUUCAAACGGACCAAACAAAGAUCUUCUCUCGGUGUCGAAUUCAAUUAAUCCUACUGAAGCUAGUUUUUCGGAAGAACACAUUGAGAGUUCUACUCAAUCCCCACCCCAUAACCGAUAUGAUUCUGAAAUCUCGGAAGAAGUUCAAGAAGAUCAGACGAGUAAAACUGAUAAUAGGGUUUCCAACGAAAGGGAUGACGAUCGUAAAAACCCCACCGAUGAUUCCUUGCCCGAUCCAAAACUUUAUGACCAAACAAUUGAGAAAUCCACAGAAAUAUCUAACGUUCAUAAAUACGAUGAUCCGUCAACUGCGUCGAUAGAUAAAAAUCAUGCUGGAACAACAACAGACUAUGCUCGACACGUUGACUCUUUACAGACUAUGAGAGACGAGUCCUCGUCUGUGGUGUCUAACGAAAUAGUAGCCCCUGCUUCCAUUGGUCGUUCUCUCAACGAAAUUGUUGCUGAAGGCCUAGGAAAACCUUUGCCAACUCGUAGCGUAGGUGAUGAACCCUCCUCCUCAUCCUACUCAUCCGAAGACAAGACCACAACGGUAUUGGUACUUUGUGCAGCAGCUGGAGGUAUUUUUAUAGCGUUUUCCUUAGCGAUAUACCUCAUCUCAUUUCAAAGACAACACGGUACACUUGACAUUGAAAUGCAAGAGCAGCGAUGUGGCAAAGACAAUCUUGACGAUGACGACGAUUCCGAAACUCGUGUUUCAUUGUUAAAUCAAAUACCAACCGUUGACAGUGAUGAACAUAGUUCGGAUUAACUUUGGAACCUAUAAGACUUUUGUACCUUAACGUUAACUUUUGGAUUAUUUGUAUUUUUUUAAGAAUUUACUUUAAUUUCAAUUUGUUCUGAAAACAAACAAAACAAACAUUGUAAAUAGACCUUUUGAUUUUUUAAAAGUUGUAUUUCUAGUUAUUACAACAAGAUUAACAGGAUUUAGAAUUAUAUUAUUAUGUUGACUUAAUUUAGCCUUUAAGAGCUUAUGGAUAUUUCAUAUUGCUAUUUGCCAUACAAAUGGAGAAAAUGAAUCUCUUAAUAGAUUUAAGAAACUUUAAAGCCAUUAAGAAAAUGCUAUAUAAAAAGACUUAAAACAAAUUUGAUAUAAAUAAAAUGAAAUUGUUAAGAAAUUA